AAUUCAGCAAACGUCUAACUAUGCAACAUACAAAUCGUCUAAAGUUAACAAUGUGUUGCAAGCUAACAGUUCUGUUUUAUUUAAAAAAUUUAAUACAAAUAACAUUUACGGUUUACCUUUAUUGCGCAUGCGUGGUUGCGGUGGCAUUACGGGGAUACGAUGGCCGCGGACAGUGUUGUACUGCUGUCUCUGGUCGAAGAGUUUGUCUCGGGACUGCAGGACAGCAAAGCCAAAGACACAGCAACAGGUAUCAAAGAUGGGCAGUUUACAAUACUGCAGCUGGUGGAAGCACUGGGACUGAGUCUGACUAGCUCACAACCUCAAACUCGAGCCAGAGGAGUCCAGCUGCUGUCCGAGGUUUUGCAGUACUGCUAUGAAGAUCUUACAGAGAGAGAAGUGGAAGUGCUCAUUUGUUUCUACGAAAACCGUCUCAAGGACCAUUAUGUCGUCAUACCACCUCUUUUACAGGGGCUCAGAGCACUGACAAAAUGUACAGUAUUACCUCCUGGCUCCGCUGUGUCCAUGCUGAGAUCUUUGUUCCAAGACAUUCAUGUACAGUCUCUCAUGUUGGCAGAGAGAUCGUGUGUCUACAACAUGCUCAUCAACCUCAUGGAGACCAGAGAGGCCGAACUGAAAGGUCUGGGAGCAGACUUUGUGUUUGGUUUUAUUCAAUCAAUGGACGGUGAGAGGGAUCCUCGCAACCUCCUGCUGGCCUUCCAGAUCGCAAACAACAUCAUCCGCCGAGGUUACAAUCUAGGUACGUUUACAGAAGAGCUGUUCGAAGUGACGUCCUGCUAUUUCCCCAUUGACUUCACCCCUCCUCCCAAUGACCCCCAUGGCAUCACCAAAGAGGAACUAAUUGAGGCGCUGAGGGCCAUCCUCACCGGGACACCAAAGUUUGCUGAGUUUCUGUUACCUCUCAUCAUCGAGAAGCUGGACUCAGACAUUCAGAGUUCGAAGCUGGACUCGCUGCAGACGCUGACUGCUUGUGUCUCACAGUAUGAACACAAGGACUUAGCAGAAUUUCUCGAGGGACUGUGGGCGUCUCUGCGCAGAGAGGUGUUUCAGACAUCCAGUGAGAGGAUUGAGUCUGCAGGCCUCGCUGCUCUUACCGCACUCACUUCCUGUCUGUCUCGCUCAGUUCUCAAUUCUGACUCUGAAGACUCUCUCGGCAUCUUCCUGGAUCUGGUUCUCAAAGAUUGCAAGCAUCACCUGUGUGAGCCGGACCUGAAGCUUGUGUGGCCCAGCGCUAAGCUGCUACAGGCUGCCUGCAGCGCCUCCAGCAGGGCGAGCCCCAUCUUAACAGCUGCUGUCAUGCCUUUGCUUACUGAGCAGUAUAACAACACAACCCAGUGUUCUCAUAGACGGACAUUAUUGGAAGUGAUACAGCGAUUCAUCCAGUCAGUAAAAACCAGCCAGUCUGCAGAGAAUGAAGAGAAUGUGUUUCUACCCUUCCGCCAGUCUCUGUGCAGCCUGGUGUUUUCUGCUCUGUCAGAGACCAACUCUAGUCUGCAGAUCACAGCCACCUCUGUGCUCACAUUACUGGCACAACAAACAGGUUUGCUGCUGGACUCUGAUGUUGAGCUGGCUGUCGAUCACCUGAUCAGACUGUUGCUGACAGAAGAGGAUGAGAAAGUCAGUCUUGCUGUGGUGGAGUGUGCUGGAACUUUAGCAGAGCUGCACCCAGCAGCCUUUAUUACUAAACUGAUCCCCAGACUAAAGAAGGAGAUGUUCUCUGGGCCCAUCGAGCAAGACAGCAACAGAGAAGCUCCUGAGCUACAGUCCCGUCAUGCAGUGCCCCAGUGGUGUUUGUCUGCUCUGGCAGCGGUGUCCACCCAGCCCAGUGUUGUCCAGGAGAGCACAUCUGUUCUCCUGGAAUUGCUGAGUGCAGCACACACAGGUGCUGUCAGUUUGUCCGUGGAGGAAGUAGUGAUGGCGUGUCGCAGCCUCCAGAGGAUAGCAGAGCAGAUUCAGGACACUGAGGAGACAGGGCGAUGCUUCCAUGACAUCAUCAUCCCUCGUCUGCUGUCAUUGGCCCUUCAAGCAGCACUGCAGGGUGAGGGGUCAUCUGGUCGGCGUAGUCCUCUGGUAGAGGAGGCGGUCCUGUCUGCCAUGGUUUCUGUCAUCAGUACUUCCUGCUCCAGGCUGCAGCCAAUAUUGGCAGCACAGACGGCGUCGAGGACGGUGUCUCUCUUCCUGGAUGGUGAUGUCUCCUUUUUGCCCGACAACUCCUUCCCUUCACACAUCCAGCUGCUCAAGAAGCCACAGGGGGACUCAUGGAGCCAAUCUCAGAUGGUUUGUCUGCUCAUGGGUUGUGUGUGUUCGUUGCCUCGCAGCGUGGCGGUGCCCCACGUAGACCAGCUGCUGUCACAGCUGGAGGACAUGAGUUGCACCUGCAGCCACCCGCUGUCAUACACCUCUGCUGCAAAGUGCUUUGCCGGCCUGGUUAACAAGAGGCCACAGGGUGAUUCUCUCGACAGCCUAAUUCAGAGGAUGAUGAAGAGAGUGUGUAGUGAGUUGGACUCUGCGUCUUCCCCUGUACGCACACAGGCUUUCACGCUCAUGAUCUGGGUUGCCAAAGCACUGCUUCUGCGGUACCACCCCCUGUCCACAGAACUGACUGACAAGCUCUUCUCUCUGCUCGACGAUACUAAUCUGGGUCCAAUGGCAGCCGAGGGCAUCUCACUGCUGAUGAGCGAUUCUGUCGAUGUCCUAAAUCGUGGUUGCCAUGCCGAUGUACGCAUCCUAUACCGCCAGCGCUUCUUCAGCGAGAAUUCAGCUAAGUUGGUGCAGGGCUUCAGUGCAGCUUCCCAAGAGAAGAAGCCCAACUACCUGAAAGCUCUGUCCAACAUAGUCAAUAAACUGCCGAAGCAGGUUCAAGUCACUGAACUACCAGCGCUUCUGAUGCUGCUGCUGGAGGCCUUGUCAUGUCCUGAUCAGGGUGUCCAGCUGUCCACCCUGUCCUGUCUGGAGCCCGUCCUCAUGGACCCACCACCAGCCCUCAUACAGCAGCUAGAGGCUUUGGUUAGCAGAUUGCUGGCCCUCAUCUGUAGCCCAGCCAUGAAUGUAAGGACUGCCUCUCUGCGGUGCAUCCAUGCCCUCUCCCGCUUCCCCAUACAUGAGAUUUUGCCGUUCCGGGCCCGAGUGCUGCAAGCUGUGGCCUGUGCUCUGGACGACAAGAAGAGGCUGGUGAGGAGAGAGGCGGUUCAGGCACGAGGAGAGUGGUUCCUUGUGGGAAGUCCUGGGGGAAGGUGAUUUUAUCUGCCAAGUCUCCAGAGAGAAUGCAGACACGGUACAUCCAUUGAGUAGUGAGAUGGCUGCAAUGCUCGGGUGCUGCAGGUGACGAGUGGUCCGCUGCGCUGCAGUGGCGACAUUUCCCUCUCCUCAGACUUUCUGACCAUUUCAUGCUGGAAACAUUAAAAAGAUGUGGACCUUGAACCAAAUGGGCACAGUACUGGACCCAGCAGGCACUGCUAGCCUUUUAUCAUCAAAUCUGAGUGAAUGUGUAACUGAGCUGUAGCAGCUGGUGUGCUUCAUUUAUGCCACUGUGGUGCUCCAGCUGGGUGGAGUUGUUCAGACCAGGGAAAAUGUGGAUGUGCCAACUGUCCUCAUGCACAUCUACUGUGCAUCUAUCACACUUCGACUGACGUGAGUUAAAUUUUAAGAUAAAUUUUACAUAAUUAUCUAUGUUGACCUUGUUAACUGCUGAAUUACGAUUGUAAGUUACGUGACUGUGACCAACAUUUGCCUUGUAUUCUUUAAAUAUCUGAACAAAUAUUGAUACUCUAUCACAGUACAUGUCAAGUCAUCUCAUCAAGACUGGCUCACUUUGGACCUCACAUCAACUUAUGCCAAGGAAACUGACAAUAUUUAAUGUCUAACUUCAGCUGCCAUUAAAAGUUCUCUUUG